AUGGAAAUUUGCAAUGAAGUUUUGGAUUAUGCUGUUGAUGGAAUUCAUAAAUCUGUUGGUACAUUGGACCAAUUUGAUUUCCAUAAGCUAAGUGAAUAUGCUUUUGAUAUCAAGGUUUGGUUAACUGGUACACUUUCUCAUCAACAAACAUGUUUAGAUGGUUUUGUAAAUACAAAAACACAUGCUGGUGAAACAAUGGCUAAGGUUUUGAAAACUUCUAUGGAAUUAAGUAGUAAUGCCAUUGACAUGAUGGAUGUUGUUUCGCGCAUACUUAAGGGUUUCCAUCCAUCCCAAUAUGGUGUUAGUAGGAGGCUUUUAUCUGAUGAUGGUAUUCCUUCAUGGGUUAGUGACGGGCAUAGACAUCUUCUUGCUGGUGGAAAUGUUAAAGCUAAUGCUGUUGUGGCUCAAGAUGGGAGUGGACAGUUUAAGACAUUAACUGAUGCUCUUAAGACUGUUCCUCCUACAAAUGCAGCACCUUUUGUGAUCUAUGUUAAGGCUGGUGUAUAUAAAGAGACUGUUAAUGUUGCUAAGGAAAUGAAUUAUGUUACUGUCAUUGGCGAUGGUCCUACCAAGACCAAAUUCACUGGUAGCCUCAACUAUGCUGAUGGUAUCAACACUUACAAAACUGCAACUUUCGGUGUUAAUGGUGCAAACUUCAUGGCAAAGGAUAUUGGCUUCGAGAACACAGCAGGAACCAGUAAAUUUCAAGCAGUUGCCCUCCGAGUAACAGCAGAUCAAGCAAUAUUCCACAACUGUCAAAUGGACGGUUUCCAAGACACACUCUUCGUCGAAUCCCAACGCCAAUUCUACCGUGACUGCGCCAUCUCUGGCACAAUCGACUUUGUUUUUGGCGACGCCUUUGGAGUUUUCCAAAAUUGCAAACUAAUUUGUAGAGUGCCAGCAAAAGGCCAAAAAUGUCUAGUAACCGCAGGUGGACGAGAUAAACAAAACAGUGCAAGUGCUCUCGUUUUCCUAAGUUCUCACUUCACAGGUGAACCAGCGCUAACAUCGGUAACACCCAAAUUAUCUUACCUAGGAAGACCAUGGAAGCUAUAUUCCAAAGUUGUCAUAAUGGACUCAACCAUUGAUGCUAUGUUUGCCCCUGAAGGUUACAUGCCAAUGGUGGGAGGUGCUUUUAAGGAUACAUGUACUUUUUAUGAGUACAAUAAUAAAGGUCCUGGUGCUGACACAAAUUUAAGAGUUAAAUGGCAUGGUGUUAAGGUUUUAACUUCAAAUGUAGCAGCUGAAUAUUACCCUGGUAAAUUCUUUGAGAUUGUUAAUGCAACUGCACGUGAUACUUGGAUUGUGAAGUCUGGUGUUCCUUAUUCACUUGGACCUAUGUAA